UUGGAUUCGAAUUUUCUAUGAAAUUCGACCGCAAUCUCUCACCCUAACUUGUCUCUGGGCUUUAUCGAUUCUUCGGAGUCGGUGAUUGCAGCAAGUCGAGAUCAGUAGGCCUGGCUGGAAUGGAGGGCGUUUGGAGGAAUUGAGGCGAACGAGGAUGACCUUGUUCGCCUGUUAGAAAAGCUCAUUCAGUUUCAUGAUCAGAUGACAAUUGGGUUCGUGUUGAACCUUUGGAGAUGCUGCCGUCUAACUCCAUGCUGUUGUGUGAUUCGUUUGGUGCAGUGGGGGGAGUGUUUGUGUUUCUCGAUCAUCUGCGACUUGUCGACGAUUUAGUGUCGAUGAAAUGAACCCGUGCUGUUGAUUGCAACGAUUGAGGAACCCUUGAGUGGAGUAUCAUAAUUCUGUACAUGUCAAUCAAAUCUUAUCACUGUCAACAAUGGCUCUCGGUCAGGGGUCUGAUUGGAAAAAAGACAAGGAAAGAGGUCGACUUUCCAACAGACAUUAUGCGGGGUUGGACGACUUGCUGAAUUGGCAAAGUGUUAUACAAGAUUUACAAACGAAGUACGAUGACUUGAUUCGAGGUAUUAAAGAUGGAGUCUACGAUGACCAUGAAGAUGAGCCUUGUGCAGAGAACCAGAAAUCCGAGGAGAAAGCAAUAGCAACACUCGCCGAAGCGCAACAUGAACGGUAUGAGUUGGAGAAUCCAAAAGUGGAGGAACUUGCAACACAGACACUCACCGGUAUAAGUGAAAAACAGCCUGGUGUAGAGACCACAGACAGACUCUCCGACACACAAGAACAGCCUGCUGCCGAGAGUCCAACGUCAAAGGAGCUACAAUCAAUGAGAGACAGAGUGGAAGAGCUAGAAAAUGAGUUGAAGUCUAGCAAGACAAGGGAGGAAACAACGUCGAAGGAGAUCAAGGAUGCAGCGAAGAUGUGCAUAGAAGAGUGUGUAACUGAGCUCGUGGCUCUCCAAGUUCAACUGGCAAAGAAGGAGAAAGAGAAGCAACAAGCCGUAAACUGUUUCGCAAAGGUGGAGACUGCCAUAAUGAAGUUCAUCGAUGCGAUUGCCACAGGAAAGUAUGAACCAUGGUAUCGGUGUGGACGGUUGGAGCAGUUCGCUGAAAAGCUUGUUGAGGUUGUUGAGGAGACAGGUGCAGAAUUGAAGCAGAACAAUGCAGAUGCGGAAGAGAUCACAACUGAUUGGACCAGUCUUAAAGCAAUACUCGAAACCUGGAAAAUAGAUCUUUACUACAUACAAAGACGCUUGCGGCGCCGCAAAGAUAGAUUACUGGAGCGCCGCUGGUUUCCUGACAAUUAUCCCUCCUCUUUGGACUGAGAAUAUCAAUUUGAAGGGAACUGCCUCAGAGACCUCACAGGACACACAUUAAGAUCUCAUAACGGCAACACACAACUGCUAUUGUGAAAAAAUCAAAACUUGCACGUGUACUUCUUAGGACUUGUACAAAUGCAAUACUUGUGUCAUGUUAAAAUAUGUGGCUUUGAUUGAAAUUUUCAUGACUGACAAAUAUUACUCCUUGCCAAUGAUAUCUUUCAGUGUACUGUUGACGAAACAAAGGCCAUCUUUGUCUUCAACAUUCUGGUUUGAAGAAAUUGAACUAGUAGUGUUGCAAUCUGUUUCAUCCAACACUUACUUCACCUCGA